CCGCUAUGUAUUUCCAGGCGGUCGCCUCGUGCCUUGCUCUCACUUCGGCCGUUACCGCCCAGCAGAUUUACGAUGUCUGGUCGACAACAUGGGACCGAAGCGACCUGUUCACAUACACCAACCUGAGCCCUAAUCCGAUUGACUUUGUGACACCGGGUGCUACGGGUUCGGCUGACAUAGUUGUGAAUGAUGGCACGGUGUAUCAGGACAUGAUUGGAUUCGGAGCUUCGUUGACCGACGCCUCAGCACAGGUUUUGAGCGAAUUAAAGUCCACCAACUCCGACAAUUAUUGGGAUAUCUUGAAUUAUAUGUUUGAUCCCACAGACGGUGCCGACGCGGCAGGCCUCACGUACAUCCGAGUGCCUCUUGGCGCCUCGGACUUCUCCGCAAACACAUAUAGCUUCGACGAUACGAGUGGGGACACAAACCUCGACGACUUCAACAUUAACAAUGCGCCGUCGUAUCUGUACGAUACACUUAAGGACAUUGUUGGCAUUAACAGCCUGCUCAAAAUCCACAUCUUGCCUUGGUCUCCUCCUGGCUGGAUGAAGGACAGCGGGACGAUGCUCGGUGGCUCGUUCCUUUCGCAAUAUACGGACACCUACGCUAGCUAUCUCCUGAAGUCCCUGCAGGGUUACCAGAGCCUGGGCUUCAGCGUGUACGCCAUCGGCAUCCAGAACGAGCCCCAGAACAGCGACACAACGUACCCGACCUGCUCCAUCUCUGCCUCGCAGGAAGCUGCGAUCGGCACCCAGCUGCGCUCUCUGAUGGAUAGCAAUGGGUUCUCUGACACCAUCAUCAUCGGAUACGAGCACAACUGGAACGACGCUGGAGAGUAUCCCGUCACGCUGAUGCAAGAUGCGGAGAGCGCGUUCGCUGGUGUCUCCUUCCAUUGCUAUGCAGGUAGCGUCAGUGACCAGCAGACGUUCUACAACGCGUACCCGAACAAGAACAUCUACUUCACGGAGUGCACGGGCGAAUUUGGCAGCGACUGGUGGAGUGACAUUAAGUGGUACAUGGACAACAUCUUCAUUGGCUCUCCCAACUAUUACAGCCAGAGUGGGGCGAUGUGGAACCUUGCCCUCAAUGGCCUCGGUGAGCCCAAGCUCCCUGGAACGGACAGCUGUGGGACGCCGUGCCGCCCGAUCGUGACGGUCAACAGCAACGGCACGUACAACUAUAAUCAGGAGUUCUACUCAGCGGCCCAGGCGUCCAAGGCCAUCCUGCCGAAAGACUCUGGAGGUCCCUUUGGCCAGCGCAUUGAGGUAACUGUUAACGGCGACCUCAACUGGGGCCUGAUUGUUAGCGGCUUCGUGACGAACCGUGUCAACUCGAGCGAUUGGCCCCGUUACAGUCUCGUCGUGCUCAACUGGGAUGACCAACCCAAUGGCUCUUGGGAUCCCACUCCCAUCACUGCGACCAUUGAAUUCCGUGGAAUGCAGGCCACUUACACUUUCCCUGUCGGCGUGACUACGCUCUGGUGGUACGGCUCACCCCAGUAAGCUUCCACCAACAUCACCCUUCGACGACGCGCAUAGCGUCUCGAUUACGGGAACGUUGCGUUGUUAUCAUCGCUUACGACCACACUCUUUUCUAUCGGCGCUCUCUUUUGCGGUAUUUAUGAAUGCAUUAGCAGCGCAUAGGCCGCAGGACCAGCUGGACGAGGUCCUAGUGGACCUUGCAGGCUAGGGUUCUACGACACUCUUGCUGCACAUCGCUCGUUGAUCGACCAUGAUUGAUUAUAUACUGGGUUUUUUCGUGGCUCUGGUUGUCUUGUCGUAUGGUGGAAUUGUUGAUCAAUGCAUAUUUUUAAUUGCUCAGUAA